AUGCAUAAAAACAAGUUGUUAAAAAAGUCGCCCGGAAAAACAGGCCUUAAUCUUCCGCCUAUUGAAGAUCCAAACGGUAGCAAAAUUAAGACAGUUUUAGACGUAGACCCUGAUUUUUAUUCGUUAGUUGAUGGUAGACCGAUAAGACCGGACACAUCUAUUCGUAAAUAUAAACGAAACGUUAAAGAAGUUGCUUUAAAACGAACUCUUCACGGGCUUCUAGUAGAUGAGAUACUGCGUAUUGAAAGAGACAUCAAAACGGAAAGGAAAAUUUACGAAACUGCUUCAAUACAUUUUAAUGAAUGUCAAGAGAGUUUUAACAAAUUUCUAGCAGAUGACAACGAUAAAACCAUAAUUAUUAUGAGAAAUUCGGAUAGUUUGGCCAAAGAGCUGUCAAACCAAAUAGAGGAACACAAAAAAGCUCUUUAUGAUUUCGCAUCUCUCAAGUCUAAACUCCAAUAUAUUGACGAAACCUUGCAAAUAUUGUUGUCUUUUCAAAACUUUCUUUUCAAUGCGGCCCCAAUUUUAUGGCGAGACAGUCAGAAAUUGAAACUGGUUACGGGGCAAUUGGAAAUUUUUACAAUGGACACAGAUAUUUUUAAUGAAAUAGAUGUAAACCUCAUAAGCGAAAGAUUAGAAAAAAUGCCUCCACCACGACUAUAUUUUGAAACUCCCGAACAAAUUCAAGUGAUAUUUGAAUUGUUAGAAAAGCAAAUUUUAAAUUAUCUCCUUAAAACCGAGGAACUUCGCAGUGAGAAGAAUAAAUUUGUAAAAUCAUCAAUUCUUCUUAAAACAUUACUACGGCAUGAACUGGAUUAUAUACAGGAUAAGAUAUACGAGGUUGAAAAAUGCAUAGAGGAGAAUGAACGGCGAGAAAUAGAAUUGAAAAGAGAAUUCUACAGAAUAUUAGAAGACAAAUUUAAAUUCCUAGUGUCUUCUAAGACGCCCCUACAAAUUUUUAACUAUGUAGAAUUUGCCUACGAACGAUUAAUUGCACAAAAUGAAACAAAUCUUAGUACAUUAGAUUUGGUUUUGGCUUUAGAACAAGAAUAUAACAAUAUUAUGUUGGAUUUGUCUACAUUUGACUUAAAUGUCAUAAAAUGUAUAGAGAAAAAGACGUAUGACGAAGAAAUAAAGGAGACAAAACUAGCGAAAGAAGCAGCAAAGUUGUUAAAAGAUGUGGAUAAAUUGAGUAAAAAACUGAAAUCAUCCUAUGAACUCGUAAAAAAAUAG